AUGGAUAAAAAUAGAAAAAGCUGGAUUACACCUUUUUUGAAGCAAUGUUUCGUGACAGCAUCUGUGGGCAGUAACAUUGUGGGCCAUGGCAGUGUCAUCGGUUACACAGCAAUUUUGUUACCACAACUGAACAUGCCCGGCUCGCAAUUCACACUCGAUCUUGUAUCUGCUUCCUGGAUAGCCUCUAUCCUGGGAAUAACUCAGUUAAUUGGCAGUUUCAUCACACCUCCCAUCAUGGAGAGAUAUGGUAGGAAGGUCGCCCAUUUCUUUGUGAUCGUUCCCAGCCUCGUUGGCUGGUUUAUCAUUACAAUGGCUACAAAUUUUGAGGUUAUGCUCACAGCAAGAAUACUCCAAGGUCUAUCACUCGGGAUGCUCUCACCUCUACGAUCAGUACUUAUUGGAGAAUAUACCAGCCCAAAGAAUAGAGGUGCUUUCCUCACCACAGUUUCAUUGUCCCAAUCCUUUGGCAUAUUCUUCGUGCAUCUCGUGGGCUCAUUCCUCAGUUGGCAAAAUACUGCACUGAUCUGCGCUUUUUUUCCGUUUACAAGCCUUGUCAUGACUAUAUAUUCUCCCGAAUCUCCAAGUUUCCUCGUCGCCAAAGGUCGACAUGAAGAAUGCAGACAAGUAUUCCGUUGGCUCAGAGGUGAUGAGGAAGAUGAUGAGUUAGAAGAAAUGAUAAAUGGACGAAUCAUGUUCGAAAAGGGUAAAAUUUUACAAAAUUAUAACAGAAAACGGAACCGAUUACGCGAAAUAAUGUCAACGAUCCAAAAAAAAGAGUUCCACAAACCAAUCAUUCUCAUGCUGCACGCCAAUGUGUUAGUAAACUUUGCCGGAGGUACUACUAUGUCAUCGUAUUCGACUUUUAUUAUUGAAGCCGUUAUGGGACCGGAAGUCAACGCUCAUUUUUGGAUGGUUUUCUUGGGAGCUCAACGUCUAGUAUCAAAUGCAUUAGCAGUUCUUGCAAUAAAUAAAUUUAAAAGACGUACCAUGAUGAUUGCUACUGGAGGCCUCUCGAUUUUCAUGCAAUUUUCUUUGGCUGCUUAUGUAUAUUUAAAACAACAGGGAAGUCUACCAUAUGAUUCCUUAUGGGUACCAGCUCUCUUGAUUAAUUUAAAAUACUUUGCAGUUGCAAUAGGAAUGUUACCACUACCAAAUGUUAUUAGCGGAGAAGUUUUUCCUUUGGAAUACCGAAGUAUUGGUGGAACAAUUAGUUUGGGUUCAUUCUCGGCUACAUGUUUUUUGGUCUUGAAAACGUUUACCGCAUCCGUAGAAAGCAUUGGAAUGCAUGGAGUGUACAUGGUGUACGGAGCUGUCAUUACUUACUGCAUGAUUAUCAUCUGGAUACUGCUACCAGAAACAAAAGGCAAAACGUUACAGCAAAUCGAAGAUGAGUUUAGGGGACAUCCAUUAGCCCCAGCAGAGCUUGAAGCGCGGCUGUCACUACAAAGUGAUCCUAUAGUUAUGUAUAAGAGGAAAAUGUCGGAGCGUAAGCACAGCGUACCUAUUAUCUAA